AUGUACUCGGCGAUUCGGUCGUCGCUUCCACUUGAUGGCACCAUGGGGGAAUAUUCCGACGGAACUAAUCUUCCCGUCGACGCCUGUUUAGUCCUAACCACUGACCCCAAGCCCCGGCUUCGCUGGACAUCGGAGCUCCACGAGCGAUUCGUCGACGCCGUCACCCAGCUUGGUGGACCCGAAAAAGCAACACCCAAAACGAUAAUGAGAACAAUGGGAGUGAAAGGUCUCACUCUCUACCACCUAAAAUCUCAUCUUCAGAAAUUUCGCCUGGGGAGGCAAUCCUGCAAAGAAUUAACUGAAAACUCGAAGGAUGUUUCCUGUGUUGCGGAGAGUCAGGACACAGGUUCAUCUUCAACAUCAUCAUUAAGAUUAGCUGCCCAAGAACAGAACGAGAGUUAUCAGGUCACCGAAGCUUUGCGUGCGCAAAUGGAAGUCCAAAGAAGACUACACGAGCAGUUAGAGGUGCAAAGGCGGCUCCAGCUAAGGAUCGAGGCACAAGGGAAGUACUUGCAAUCGAUUCUUGAGAAAGCUUGUAAAGCCAUAGAGGAGCAAGCUGUUGCCUUUGCUGGACUAGAGGCGGCUAGGGAAGAGCUUUCAGAGCUAGCCAUAAAGGUGGUCUCAAACGGGUGCCAAGGAGGAACAACAACGAGCCCUUUCGACACGGCCAAAAUGACUAUUCCGUCCUUGUCUGAGCUUGCUGUAGCGAUAGAGAGAAAGAACAACUGUUCAGCAGAGAGCUCUCUGACUUCAAGCACAGUGGGAAGCCCGGUUUCAGCUGCGUUGAUGAAGAAGAGGCAUAGGGGAGUGUUUGGAAACGGGGAUAGUGUGGUUGUCGGUCGUGAAGCCGGCUGGGUUAUGCCUAGUAGCAGCAUUGGGUGA